AUGCCAGCCCCCACGGAAGAACAACAACAAACCUUCCAACGCAUAUCCACCCACUGCGGCUUUGCCCCCUCCCUUGCCCCUGCCAUCCGUAUCGUCGAGAUGGACGACAUCCCAGAGCAAGAUGAGAAGGGUAUCAGGAAGGUCGACGGAUGGAGUAUGAGCUAUGAGGGGGUGGUGACUGAUGAGAUGACAAACUUGAUUGGAAGCAUACAUGGUGCAGCAGUCGUAUGGCUAAUCGACACCCUUUCCUCAGCAGCGAUGAUAUACCUGCACACCCCAACCUUCUGGGGUCCCCCCAUGAUCGGCGGCGUCUCCCUCUCCAUCCACACCGAAUACCUCUCCCCAGCCAAGCUUGGCAGCAAAUUCGUGGUCACUGUUGAUAUCGUCAAGUGUUCUAAAAGCGUGGCGAGUUUGCGAUGCGAGAUCCGGGAUAUGAAGACUGGGAGGGUGGUUGCUAUUGCGACGCAUACAAAGAUGUGGAAGCCGGUACCCGCUGCCAAGGCCAAGUUGUAG